AUGCUAACACGACAAGGUGCAACACGACUUAUUGAAGCUGAAUUUAAUCGAUUAGCCAAUAUUGAUAUUAAUUUCCCUGAUCGUACAACAAUACAUCCAGUAGUUUAUCGUCCUACUGAACUCAUCAUGGCAGAAAAAACCGUCGCAACACUUCUCAGUAAAACUUUGGAACAAACACCUAAAUACUCUGGUAAAUCGGAUCAAGAUGCUGAUGAAUGGCUGAAGGAUUUAACUGCUACCUUUCGCAUGGCUGAUAUUACAGAAUCACAAGCAUUAAAAAUAAUACCAACUUUCUUGGAGGGACAUGCUAAACAAUGGUUUAAUGAAAAUAAUACAAUAUUCGAAUCCUGGAGUGCAUUUAAAGUUGCAUUUAUUCAUACGUAUUCAUCUCCAACAGCAAAGCAAUUAGCGUCCAAUCGCUUACGAACUCGCCAGCAACGAUAUGAUGAAGCUGUUAUUGAAUAUUAUACAGAUGUUAUGAAAUUAUGCAAAUUAGUUGAUCCAAACAUGACCGAUGCAUCCAAACUUGAUCAUUUAUAUCGUGGAUUAAAAUCAUCUUUAAUGAAAGAAGUAUUACGUCAAGCUCCAUCAACACCAUCCGAAUUUUUCGAACAAGCACGACGCGAAGAAAAUUUAGAACGUCUAGUUGCUACGUCUGUUCAUCAAACAAAUGAUACUGAUACACAAGCAAUAAAUUAUCCAAACACUUAA